GGUCUAAAUUAUUUCGGACCGAAUCAGACCGGUCGGAUGGGCUUUGAGCUGGCAUCGAGCCCAGUUCCAGCCCUAAAAAUUCGGCUUCCAAAAGCAAAAGGAUGCAAUCCAUUAGUCGGUUUUGAAACUUCGGCGGAGAUGUUGAAGCUUUCUCGCUUCCUACCCUCCAGAAAUGAACAGGCCAGGAAGUUUUUAUUGGGGAAGGCUACUAAAAUAAAGGAUACCUUUUGGUUGAGUGCUUUUAGUUCUCAACAUGGUAUUUCAACCUCUGGACCAGAUCUUGUGGCAAAUGACAGAAGAUUUGCAAACUACACCAUAUUUAAAGGGAAAGCUGCCCUUUCUGUUUCACCAAAGUUACCGAGUUUCUGUAAAGUUGAUUCAGGGAGUUCUAGAGUUGACCGAAAGGGUGUUGUAAUGAUGACAUUUUGGCCUGCUGUUGGGCAACGGAAAUAUGAUUGGCAAAAGAAGCAGGUCUUUGCUUUAUCACCUACCGAAGUUGGAAGCUUGAUAAGCUUAGACCCUGAUGAAUCUUGUGAAUUUCUACAUGAUCCUUCAAUGAAAUCAAGUCUUGAAGGCCAGGUGAAGAAAUCAUUGUCUGUUACACCACUUGGCAAUAGCAGUGGCUACUUCCUUAAUUUGACUGUUGUGAAUACCAUCCAGAAGACAAAUGAGCGCUUUUCUAUACCAGUUACAAAGGCCGAGUUUGCAGUGAUGCGCACAGCAUUAAGUUAUGCAUUGCCACACAUCAUGGGUUGGGACCAAGUCAUCAGACCCCAGCUACCAAACAUUCCACGGAGCACUCCAAAGCAUCAAAGUGACGUGUUGCCAGACCCGGAUUUUGAAUGGGGAAGGUGAUGUUAGAUGUGCAUGUUGCAUCACACUCAUCGUGAUUCUAAAGAACUGGCCAUGCAAUCUACCAGUUAGGCCUAAAUAUACUUUUGGAAUCCUCAGAUUUAUGUAUGAACUUGUUGGGCAAUUAAGUCACUUAUCCAUAUUGUUGGCUAUAUGUAACAUCAGGUCUUGUUUGGGUCAUCUCGGUGAAGAAUUUCUUGCUCGCUUUGAUGAUGGAUGCCCUAGGAUUUUGCAGGACUGUCAUGUGUAUAUUUGAAGUGUGAGGAAGCAUGAGCAGACAUAUAUGGGCAAUUUGAAUGCUCUAGUUGAUGUGAUUCCAGAAAGGCCAUGUUAGGGCACGUUUGGUUUGGUGUAAGUUGGCAAUUUUAGCUCUUUAAAUUGGGCAAUUUCGCUUUGCAGGAA